AUGGCUCAAAUACGGUCCAUGGAAGCCCGCGUUGGGCGGAAAAACCAACGCUACGGCUCCAAAGGCGAGCGACUGGUAGCGGGCGUCGUUCCUAUCUCCGCCGACAAGACGAAAGUCCUCAUGAUCCAGUCCGCCGGACCCGGAGGCUGGGUACUCCCUAAGGGUGGAUGGGAGCUGGACGAAAAAACCGCCGAGCAGGCUGCAUGUCGCGAGGCAUGGGAGGAAGCCGGCGUUGUGUGUGUUGUGAGCAAAGAUCUAGGGCUCAUUCCAGAUAUGAGACCCUCUGGCCUUUUGACGGCGCAAGCGCCCAAGGCCUCAUACCAGUUCUUCGAAGUCACCGUUGAGCGGGAAGAAACAGAGUGGCCUGAGAUGCACAAGCGGAAACGUCAGUGGGUUUCGUAUGCACAGGCUGCGACCGCUCUCGCAAAUCGACCCGAGCUACUUGAGGCGUUGAAUCGCAGCUCGUUGAAGCGAUAG